AUGUCUAAUUUUACAGUUGUCUGGCUUCUUUUCACCAGGCCCAAUAACGAGAAGGCCAUGACUCCCCAGCCAGCAGGGCCCACCAGUAAGUUGGCCCAGUACCCUACACUGCAGCACUCCUUCUUUACGGACAUCUCUGAUGUGAGAGAGAUGGAGGGAGGCCUCCUCAACCUGCUCAAUGACUUCCACUCCAUAAAAUUGCAGGCUUUUGGGAAGGUGUGCUCCUUUGAGCACAUGCGUGAGAUACAAGAGAAGCUUGCAUGGCUACAUUUCAGUCUGGACAGUCAUGUGGAGGAGAUGUUAGAGGACCAGCGGAAGUGUACCUCUGACCACAACCUGGAGCACCUGCUCUGCAACAUAAGCACCACUGCAGUACACAGCUCACCACAUUUCUGUCCUUACCCAGAUCAUAGUCAUGUUGAACCACACUGUAGUCAAGGGGACUGCUAA